AUGGCUCCCUCGAAAAAGCGCGAAACGCGCGAAAACCAGUUCUACGAUGUCGGCGUGCAAGGAAGGAAAACGGGCAUCACGCUUGAAGAUAGAGGCGUGCGCGACGAGCAUGGUCUAGAGCCUAUCUCCGGUAUCUUCUCGUCGCCAGAGAAGUCCCCGCCGAGGCGCGUCUCGAAUCGAUCCGGUGGUACGGUCACAGAAUCAGAAUCCAUGGAGCUCACGAGCUCUUCUCCACGUCGCCAAUCGUCUAUGGGACCUCGAGCGCAACCAGACUCUGUCUCGAGCCCCUCCCGCUCCGAGUCCCAUCCCGUGAUAAGCCGACUUUUGGAUUUUGAACAGGAGGAAUCUAGUCUACAAGAGACGCCAGCAUUGAGUGGCUCUGGCCAACGACGAGGACAACGCCGAAGCAUAUACAGCAUCGAACCAUCGCCUAGCCGAAUUACCAACAGCGCGAUGAUGGAGGAGACGAUACAGGAGGAGAUAUAUGCGGCUGAAGACUCGCCAGUACUGGAUCACGUUGGAGAAGAAAGCGGACUUCAGGAUAUCGGAAACGAUACAGUCUUGGCCGCUGAAUCUGAGGACAUUGCGGAAGCAGAAGAAGAAACUGACGUAGAAGUCGCCGCGGACGAAGAAGCUGAGGUUUCAAUGGACGUCGAGGAGGUUGAAACUGUUCCGGAGCCUAUCAAGGAACCUCCGAAAAGAGGCCGGAAGCGAAGAAGCGAUGCUGUUGAAUCCGCGCCAGCAGAGAAAGAAGCUCCAGAGCCCAAAAAACGAGGACGGAAGCCACUCCAAAAGAAAGAUAAGAAUGCAACCGCUCCGCCUGCUGUACCAUCGCGUCGAUCCAAGCGGGUCUCAGACAUCACUGAGCAAGACACAAGCACCCUUCAAGACGCCUCUGCUGGAGCUGAGGAAGAGGUGGAGCCUACUCCUGUAAUUCCCAAACCGCGGGGACGACCACCGAAAGCGGCAGCACCGGUGGAGAUGCCGCCCCCUGCAAAGAAGCAGAAGCGCCAGGCCAAAGAACCGGAGAAAGAGAAUGCACAAGCAGUCUUCAAGAAGCCAAAAGCCGCACCGAAACCAAGAAAGAAGGCUGAAGACACGAAUAAUGGCUCACCAUCGGAAGAGGAAUCACUAGAAAGCGGAAAACUGGUCGAUGUAUAUGGCAAACCCCUUUCGAAAGCUGAUCUGGAUCAAAUGUCCACAACGACAACAGGGACACGGUUCGGCCGAGGUCGACAUUUGUCUGUUUUCCGCGAACUGGAGCCAGACUCUGCGGCCACGGUGGGCCGUACUGGCAGACAUCGCGUGAAGCCGAUCAACUUCUGGGCCAACGAGGUUGUCUCUUAUGAUCCAACGGGGAACAUGCAAGCAGUUGUGAACAGGGUGUAUCAAGAGCCUCCAAAGGUCACAAGAAAGACGGGACGAAAAGGUCAGAAGAGGUCACUUUCUGCAGUCGAAGAAGAAGAAGACGAAGUGGAGAUCCAACCCUGGGAGGAAGAAGGCAAGGGCCAGUUCGAAGGCCCCUACAGGGGAUACGAUGCAGCAAACAAGAUCUCAACUGAUAAGCUCCUCAAAACCAGUAAGCACCUUCUGAUGCCACAAUUGUAA